CACGAGAAACACCGUACGGUACAACUGCCACUCCCGUUGCCUUGGAAUGCUGCCAAUCCUGCCAUCACCGAGACACGUUGCGGUUUCGAAUCUUCGGCCGCGAAUGCGACCGCCGUGGAUUCGACUCGUUCUUUCCUCGUCCGUGUCCAUGUCUUUGUCGAUGUCGAUGUCUUUGUCGAUGUCGAUGUCCGUGUCCGUCCCGACGGCCCCGCCCGUGCCCGCACCGCCCCCGGUGCCGCUGCCGCUGCGGUCCCUUUCGGUGGCUCGGUGGGAAGCCCGGCCCUUGGCAACCGUUCCCAGCGGCGGGACGGCCUUUGCCACAACGCGUGGCACGAGGCGGAAGCAGCUGCGACUCUUCUCUGCCUCCGCCCCUGCGUCCGGAAAGGAUCCGAACGGAACGGAGCCGGGAAGCACAAAGUCCUACUCGCUCGAGGGGGUGGGCACCACCGGAACGAGCGUCCGAGUCUCCACCAACGGCCACGGCAACGGCAACGGCAACACCAACACCAACACCAACGGCCACGGCACCGAAGGACACCAGAUCACCACCGACGUUCCAAAAUCCAUGGGCGGCCAGAACCUCGGGCCCCAACCCGUCGAACUCUUGCUGGCUUCCUGGAUGGGAUGCACCCAGGCCACGGCGUCCUUUGUGGGGAGGCAGCUGCUCGCCGAGAAACCGAGGGACCGAACGCCGCGGGAGGACCCCACGGCCGGAACGGGCGAACCCGAACCGCGGAACCAAACAGCACAAACAUCGAAACGACGACGACGAAAGCGGCGCAGCACGGUAGAGCUCCUGCUGGCCUUUGAAUGCAUCCGGGCCUUUCGCGACGAACGGGGGGCGCUGGAACUGCCGAUYGUUCGAACGCCCGAGACGCCCUCCCGGUUGCAGCGCAUCACGGGGCGAAUCUUGGUGGCGGCCCACCGGGUGGAUCACCACACCACCCCGGCGAGAAGGGACARGGACAACAAGRACMRCGACCACGRCCRCGGCCGCGGGGCACCGAACACCACGACGCGCACCGAGCUGCGGCUCGAUCCGGACGAGCUCUCGAUCCUGAAAGAGCAAACCGAGGCGCGGUGCCCGAUUGCCAACAYGAUCCUGGCGAGCGGAUGCGAGAUCGACGUCGAGUGGGUUCUUCGAACCGACACCGACGGACCGUCCACCACCGAAGGAAGCACGGAUCCGUCGAGCCCGGCCUAGAGUAAAUCCUUCUAGCACGAGGCGUUACGAGCGACCGACCGACCAAAUCCUUCCCGUGAAAUGGCCCCAUCUCGCGUCGGAUGAGAGAGGAGAAAGCGAGUUCCUUGGAACCGAACACGCGUCUGCGAAAGAAAUACAGGCAUGCCUGUGCCACCGGAUGGCACCACCAGUCGCGGGAAAGGCGAGAAGAAUAGCAUCAAAACGAUCGAUCGGUCGACAAGUUCCAAACACYCGUCGAAUCUCAUCCCCAGCUCUGCUAGAGCAUUUCCAAGGCCGAGGACUUGGUCGACCAGUGCCAUUGAAGGCGGAUGAAACCAUACCGCAAGAUGAUACAGCAAYGCGUCUUCCAUCUUGCUGAAACCACAGCGGUUCUCCUAUUUGGACAAGCACAACHGUGGGUACUCUAUCCGCGGCCUUGUUGAUUACAGAAUAGAUUUUUGAAAAAGAAGAACGAGCACUGGGAGCAACUAGUACUGUACUAUCUAGUUAAGAAGAAUGGAAUGGUAGGCAAUCUAUGUUGAUGAUGUUCAUGAUGAAGCAGCAGUGACUUUUGUAGAGAUGAGUGUCCAUAUCAGUACUAGUAGGACUUGCACUACCACCAAAGCGCCAAACCAACCAGCAAGCAAGGCAGCACGUGUGCCUAACAGCAUGUUUUGAUAUAGGAUACGACAACAGCAACAAAAACUAGCAAUACUACCACUCGCACUGCCCCUGCAAUCAGGAUUGGCAAGUAAGCAUAAUAGAAUAGUACUACUAGUAGUACUAGAAGUGCUGGUAGUACUGUCAGGUCAAGCUAGUACUUGUAGUACUACUACUAGUACUACUACCACUCCCUAUUAUAAGAAAAGAAGUGGUGACAUCACUUUAAACAUAGCUAGUAAGUUCAAAUCAAUAGUAGUAGUACUAGUAGUAGUACUACUAGCUACUGUUGGUAAUGAAAGUACUACUAGUARCCAUUCUUCAGAUGAAGUAUGACAGAGUAGUAAUACCAUUUAGUAGUACUACUAGUAGCAAUACUAGUACUGAUAUAAUUGCAUCUUCUUGUUAGUUCUACUACAACUACCUACUACUAUUUCAAUAUCUACUACUAGUAGUACUACUAGUUUAGUACAACUUCUACUAACAACAAUAUUAGCACUAAACACCAUAUUACUAUUUGCACUACUAUUACUAUUUUUAUUGUUAUUACUAUUUUUAUUACUACUACUACUAAUACAAAGAUAUUUGAGAGUGAUACUACAAUUUGCAUGAUGUGUAAAUCUAGAGUUUUGAUUCCAAGAGUUGCAGUCRGAGGUUACUGUCAUAGUAACUGUUGAAGUUGUGUAUCAUAACYCCCAAAUUAAAAAUAUUAAGCAGUUCUUGUUAAGGAGCAAGUGUGGGUUUAAAUACAACCGAAUAAAUUUGGUGCACAGAGUGAAGCGCAUCGUGUCACAAAAAUAAUCACAAAAAGGGGUUCCUCAGUACUCUUGAUAACCAUAGUACUAACUUCCUCCCUCCUGUAGUACUAGUAAGUGCUCGCAAGAAAAAAACUACUACACUUGUGGGGGGGUUGCAACCAAACCUUGUCGCAAGCACUUUUUGUGACACACUAGUAGUAGUACUAGUACUACUAGUAGUAGUAUUACUAAAACUCCUUUCAACUGCUGCUGGUGGUGGUCUUGGUGCUGAUGCUGAGGAUAACAACCAAAAGCAACAACAACAACUUCAGUCUCUUUUUAAACCUGUGUAUUCCAGYACAAAUCCAACUUGGCAAAAAAGUUAAAAAAUUUCUUCUUUUUUUGGASGUGUGGCUGGCAACAUUUAACAACACGCGACUAACAACACGCGACGGGAAAARGUUAAGUUUCAAUCUCCUGUACCCCUGAUUGUUCCCUUACGUUCUUGAUAAUGCUCAAAAAGAACCUCGCACGAACAUCUCAGAAUCCGAAUCCAUAAGGACUAAAAGAGCACGUGGACUAAAAGAGCACAUUAAGUAAGCUUUUUGCGAAAUUAAUAAUGUUCGGGGUUCUAUUUCAUUAUUUAUAUGAACGAAUUACAGGUCCCAGUAAUCAUACAGUAAGUAGUUGGAAUUCACAUAAUGAAMUGUACAAUGAAACAAAUUGAUAAUACGUGCGUACUCGUACUCGUUCCGAAUUAUUUUUAAUACUACGUGUAAAGCAUAUUGAAAUUACGUUAAUUAAGGCAUUGGAACGUUAAGUACACAAACCCGCUAACCAACAAAUUGCGAAUGACAGUCUCAGUUUGUAACUGCAUUAUUUUCAGAUAAUAAUGAGUACUGCRCUGUAACUACGUAUCACCGUGAUGCAAAGAUCAUUUUUUGGCACCCUUCACACAAAACGCACAAGAAGGGACAUCGGAGGGCGAAGAAAAAAAGUUCAUAUUAMACGCACGGUACCAGUUAGCCAAACUUUCAAGACAUCCAUCAAGGAGACAAAAAGCAGAAAAGAAACCGAAGAUAACUACCGUACGUAUUACUACAAUUUUMUUCGUAACAAACCAUACGUCAUAACUACAACACACCGCCAUGCAUUCAUCAUACAUUCCAGUCCAAAACAAUAYGAGUCAUCUCCCACCUUCGCUGGAGGAGUACGCAGCUUUUCACGGUAUGUUGUGCGGACCAAACACCGCUCAUCGUUGCAUAGAUAGUUUUGAACAGGGGGCAAUCAUGUUUGUCGACCUAAGAGAUUGUGAUACCAAAACACCAAGCGCAGAAGAAAGCAGUACGGAUUAUAAUUUCAUCUUGAUUCCGUUCAACGAACUGCCGAUUCCUCUGAAUGUAUGGACGUACUACCUCAUGGUUGUAGCGACGUUCACUGGAUUYUGCAGCUUGAUGGGCUGGACUCGCUUAAUCAAGGCCGUCGAUUAUACGAAUCAAGGGAAUUCCGUCGGUGAGAAAAGCAAUUGUGAUAGAAUAUCAGUAUCACCAUCACCCCGUGCACACGAAGCAAAGAAGAAGAUCGCACCAUCGAGUUCGUUCGACACAGACUUUCUGUGGCAGUUCAAAAGUGGUGACGACAAGUGGUUCGAGUCGUCUUAUUCAUUGUCUUGUUCGUCAUCAGCGAGCACCAUUCAAAAUAAAGAAGCAAAUCGUCCUCCUCUUCGGGUGCCUCCCGAAGCAAUGGAAUACGUCAUCAAUCGAUCGGUGGCGCUUGGACCUCUUCGACAAACACAAAUAGAAAGGACUGACGCUACGAAGAGGACUUUCAAUACUGAUUAU